AUGUUUGUGGUUGCAAGGUGGGAAUGCAUGGUAUUUCUGACCACCAUCCUGGUCCCACUCGCUGUGAAUGCCUUCACUUUCACGAAUACCAAUCCAUCUCAAUGUGAUGAUUUAACGAUCCAAUGGACGGGAGGUCAACCACCGUUCAAUUUGUUAGUGAUUCCGCCAACGCUAAGGUUGCAAAACAUAUCGAUACCUUCGUCCGCAUUUUCACACAAUACUGGGACAUUCACAACACAGCUUCGUCUAGCUGAGAAUCAACAUGUCAUUUUUGCUCUAUCCGACGCAAGUGGAAUUACUGCCGGAGGAAUUACUGCUGUGCUUGAAGUAGGUCCAUCAAUCAGCGGUGCACAAUGCGAUAUAACCAAUCAUGUUCCAGAUUUCUUUUUCUCUACAGACCAGGAACUGACACAGUGCCAAUCUUAUCCUUUCACCCAAUAUCCCGACGCGAUCCAACCUGUUACAAUAAUUGGAUUUAUACCUCAAGGUUCAUCAUUGAUUUUUAAUCCCCCCGAGGGGCCGUCCUUUUCAUGGAAUCCAGUAAAUCUCACCGAGGGCACAUCCAUUGUUUUCUACAUGACGGAUUCUCAGGGUAGGAAUGGAGGAACCGGGCCCGUUGAUGCAGUUGCACGUUCUGACGAUCAAUCCUGUUUGGAGACUGCAUCGUCUUCGGGAAACCCUCUGCAUAGUGGGGCGCCUGGUGCCACAUCAAAUUCACACACUCCCCUUGUUGCAGGCGUUGUGGCUGUGGUGGCAACUCUCAUUCUUGUCUUGACCUUUUCAUUUUUCUAUAUCAGGCGACGCCGAAAUCAAAGGCCAACAGUGAAAAUGGGACCAAGGAAACCAAUUGAUCCUCCCGUAUACGAGCAUGCACGGUCUCCAGCCCUAGAAGGGGAUUCUUACUUGAUGGUCCCUACUAAAUACACCGACGUACAUGUGUCCGAAGUAGAAAGCACGACUGCGCAUGCUAGAAAGCAGCAAAUGAUACUCGAGUAUAGGGUUGAAAACAAAUCUUUCCAUUCCGGGUUAUCUCGAAAUCACUCAAUGACACAAUAUCCUCCAAGUGCCUCAGAACCAACAUUAUACUUCGAUACAUCUAGCCACAGCACUCUCAGAAGCUACUCGUCCAUGGUUGCAACAUCGGAGGACUCUGAUCUACGCAAACAAUAUAAAUCCCCGCCACGACUAAUAGUACAUACAGAUAUUGCGGAAUUGGAAGUGGAGGCGUUAGAGAUCCCACCACAAUAUUCGGAAGGACGCGUGCCUAUUCCGGGCUUGGUGACGUCUGAAAGUCAGGAUACCACAUAA